AGAGUCGAAUCUAGUGGGUAUAUUUCUACUGGAGUGAGAGGUUCAACUCCGGAGAAAACGCCAAGGAAACUAGCAAGGACCACCGCCCCCCCCACACAAAAAAUAUAUAAUUUUGUCAUUGGAUCCAUACUACUGCCCGAGAGCUGGAUUAAAUUGAGACAAACAUUUAGUUGUUGGUUUAGUUCUCUUUGAAAAACACCGAAUAACGAUGGGUUCCCAAGCGUCCAAGGGAGGGGUAGCUGUGGAGGCGAAUGCUGCGGAUGCCGCCACCGUCAAACCGAAUGGACAGGAGAACGGUCAUGUCAAGUCCAAUGGGGAUGCCACAGACACGGCCGCUCCAAAUGGUUCUGCCGACGCCAAGGAGCCUGAAGCGGGUGCUGGAGGGGACGCCAUCGAGCCAGCGCCCGAUGGUGAGGCCGCCAAACCAGAAGGUGAGGCCGCUGCCAAGGAUAUCUCCAAGAAGAAGAAGAAUUUCUUCCUGAAGAAAUCUUUCAACUUCAAGGGCCUGAAACUGAAGAAGACCAAGAAGGAGGAGGUGAAGGAGGAAGAGGAGGAGGCGGCCGCUUCCGCCGAGGAGAAACCUGCAGAGAACGGAGCCCCUGCGGCUACGGAGGAGAAGAAAGCAGAGGACGGGGAGGAGGAGGUUGUGGCGGCUACUGCAGAAGCCCCUAAGGCCGAGGAGGCGCAGGCUAAAGCAGAGGAGGCACCUAAGGAGGAGGAGGAUGUAAAGGAGGCGGCUGCACCUGCCCCAGAGCCAACCAAACCAACAGAGGAGACCAGCUCGACCCCCGCGGCAGUAGCCCCCUCCCAACAGAAUGCAGAGUGAUUGUAUCUUUACCGACAACAAAGGACUGUGUGAACUGUUUUUCAAGAGAGAGAGAGAGAAAAUAGUUAUAAAUAUAUAUUUCUAUAUAUAUGUCUAUAUGUAUACAUAUGUAUGGAUAUAUGUAUAUGUAAAUAUAUACACAUUUAUGUGAGACUCCAUUGUGUCACUUUUGUCAUGGUAACAAGAUGACAGACUAGAUUCACUAGUUCACUUCCCUGGUUACAGCGAGACAGGGUCAAACCUGGUGGUAUUAUGUGCUGGUUGCUAUGGGAACAAUGGGAUUUAUUGGACAGCAAAGUGGAACACAGUUAUGGAGUCGAGUUGACCCGUCUUUUCCCUAAAACACCCGACUCCAAAAAAAAAAGAUGUGUCCACGUGUAGGAAUGAACUGGAUAGGACAGGACACCAACCCAACCCACCACAUGAAAUGACUAUUCAUCCAUUUUUAGAAAAAACAACAAGAAGAAGAAAUCAGAAAUUGAAAAAAAAAAGAAAAGAGAGACUUGCCAACUUUCUACAUUCCUAUAUUUUCACCCCAAAUUUGAAGUAUUUUGUGGUUGUACCUUUUAGAGAACCAUUUUAAAGAUUCAGAGAAGUUGUGUUUUGCAACUUUAGAUUUUUAUCUUAGUCGGGGUAUAAAAAAAACACACAAAAAAAACACGCUUGAGUUUGAUAUGUUCAGUGUUGCAGUUUUAAAAGGAAGCAAGAGAAGUUGUUCAUCUGUCUGGGUUGUGUAAGCCUGACUCUAAUGUCUCUGUAAAUACAUUGGGACUCAUACUGUUCUUUAUUUUGCUAAUGUUGACAGAUGUUAUGGUUUUAUUGUAAAGUUGACAAUGGUGAAUAAAUGUUGGUUACCAAUA